AGAAAGUAAAAUAUUAAUAGAUCCAGUAACGCAGGAUAAACGAAGUGUAGGCUUCGUACGUUUUAGCUUAAAAAGCGAAGCAGAGCGAGCUUGUUUAGCUAUGAACGGGUUUACUCCUGCAGGCGGUACUUUUCCGCUUAAAGUAAAAAUUGCCGAAGAUUAUUCGAAUAAAUUUUCUUUAAACAAUUUUUAUUUGCAAAGAGGUGCCAGUAGUUACUCGCAGCUUGUAUCAACCGCUAUAGGAAACUACUAUUACACAACCCCAGGAACAGCUUGGCCAUAUCAACUUCUAUCAUCUCAUACGAAUUCUUCGGGGGAUAAUUCUCUUCAAGCAGCGUACAGCGGACUUCUAGGCGGACAAACGUAUUAUACUCAAUUGCCACCUAAUUUGUGGUGCUUGUUUGUUUAUAACUUGCCUGCGCAAACAGACGAUACUUUUCUAUAUAAUUUUUUUUCGCCUUUCGGCCACGUUGUUUCCGUAAAGGUUGUUAAAGAUGAAAAUCAAAAUUGCAAAGGCUAUGGUUUUGUAAAUAUGUCUGAUUACCAACAAGCACAAGCCGCUAUUCAAGCGCUGGAUGGUUAUAGAUUAGGAGAAAAAAAUCUUCAAGUUUCUUUUAAGCAAAUGAAGUGAUAAAUAUUAUAUGUUUGUAGCAAUUCAUAAUC